AGAUAUGGAUAACUACCAUGUUUUGGAAUUGGUAGGAGAAGGAUCGUUUGGGAAAGUUUACAAAGGAAGAAAGAAAUACACAUCACAGAUUGUCGCUCUCAAGUUCAUUCCAAAAUUAGGCAAGUCAGAAAAGGAGUUGAAAGGUCUUCGACGAGAGAUAGAAAUUAUGCGAGGCCUGAAACAUGACAACAUUAUUGAAUUGCUCGACAGUUUCGACACAGAUAAGGAGGUAGUGGUUGUAACUGACUUUGCUGAAGGUGAAUUAUUUCAAAUUCUGGAGGAUGAUGCCAGUCUACCAGAGGAGCAGGUUCAGGUCAUAGCCGCACAAUUGGUUUCAGCUCUGUACUACCUUCACUCACACAGAAUCCUACAUAGAGACAUGAAGCCGCAGAACAUUUUGCUGGGUAAAGGAGGAGUGAUAAAACUGUGUGACUUUGGAUUUGCUCGUGGAAUGAGUGCCAACACACUCGUGCUCACUUCUAUUAAGGGUACACCAUUGUACAUGUCACCAGAGUUGGUGGAGGAGAAACCAUAUGACCACACUGCAGACUUAUGGGCACUUGGCUGUAUACUAUAUGAACUAUUUGUGGGAUCCCCACCAUUCUACACCAACAGCAUUUUUCAGUUGGUCACCAUGAUCAUCAAGGACCCGGUCAAAUGGCCCAAAACUAUGAGCCCAGUUUUCAAAGACUUUCUGCAAGGGUUACUUAACAAAAAUCCAAAGUAUCGUCUAGCUUGGCCGGAUCUCCUUCAUCAUCCGUUUAUUGCAGAUAAGGUCAAAGUCAACCUGGAGGACACAAAAUUGCCGUCUCCAUUCACUCAACCUUUGACAUCAUCCAUGAUCGUUUUGAAGGAGGAGCAAUCCAAGUCAAAAGCUAACCCACCAGGCACAUCCAAAAUCCUGGCCAGGGCAAGGAAAAAGGCAAUUGAAGACGUGGAGAAAAAUCGCCAGAAACACAGUAGACUUCAGGCUUGGGACCAAGCAGAGAAUGGGAAAGAGAAGGAAUGGGAUGACCCGGAUAGUAGCAAGGUUCCAGCUAAGGAAGAGGCAGGGGAAGUAACUCAAAGAUCAAACAGGAUCAGUACAGACUACAAGAAGGAAUACCCCAGCAUUGAAGUGGAGGGGAGGACUGUGCUCAACAAGAAAAAGAAACCAGAGAAAAGUCUCAAUAUGGAGAAUGUCAAGCUGGAUGGAGAAGAGACAGAUAGCGAGGAUGAAUGGCAAAGGCUCAUUGACCUGACCGACCCAGACGGAGAUCCAGAGUUCACACUCCAGUUGUUUGACGAUGUUGAUGCUAUCAAAAAGUUACACUCGUGUUUUAUCUCCAGCUCAGUUCAGGUGAGAGACUGUAUGCUGGAAGGAGCCUCCAGACUGAGGUCUGUUCUCAGAGUGAUUACAAACAUGGUUACUCUUAAAUGUGAUGUCAAGAAAAUUGUUGCCUUCUGUAAUUUUGUUCAGAUUCCAGAUAAAUUGUUGGAACUUUUGAAAGACAUUCUGUCCAGUACAAAGAUAAAACAGCAACCUUGGGCACAGCAGAUCCUGAUAGACAUAGCCAUCACCAUAAAUGCUUACUUUGCCUGUGAAAUCACCUGGGUGGAUUGGAAAGAUGCAGACGUUAAGGAGAAACAAAUUGUGGUCCAGUACAACAAUGCAGUACAUACUUUCUGGUCCUUGAUACCAAGUCUAGUGAAUGAGGACAUUGAUGAAGACUUAAGACUGUUGGAGCAGACUUUGUUGUGUGUUAUUUUCUUGAGUGGAGCCAAUGAAAGAGGAAAUGUGGAAGACCCAGAUAAAUAUUUCUCCUCCCUGGUGGUCAAACAUAAAGAAAGUCUUAAGGCUAUUUUACUAGCCACCAAGGGCAACCCUGAAGUGUUGAAGCAGUUAACAGAAAUAGCGGAAGGCAACAUACAGGCUGCGUCAGAACGAAUGGAGCAGAUAAUCCAUCAAGCUAUUUCAAGCCUGGUGUCAGUUGUUUAUGUUACUCAGGAGUUAGAUGGCAAGAAAGUUGGCAAGAAAAAGGUUGCUGAUUAUCUGGCAGAUACAAUGAUCAGGGAGCCAGAUAGCAUUGGUCAUGAGGUCCUUCUUCUCUCCAGGCAUCCAUUACAUUGUUGCAAUACUCUUAAGAUAAUCUACAGCUGUGUUCAAGCUUCUCCAGAACUUUGUCAGUUUUUAGAUAAACACCCAGAGCACAUGGAGUCUUUGUUGAGCAUAAUUAUCGGAAAGAUGAACUCUGACCUUGUUGAGUAUGUCACUGAAGAUAGAAACUACUCCAGCAGUGCGAUGACGACCCCAGGUGGGGGUAAGGUGGAGAAAGUACACCGCCAUGAUGACAUGGAACUCUCCAGAUUGUUUCUACUUGGUGGGGUUGAGCUGGCAGACAUGGAGGUCAAUACAGCUGUGGAACUGGUUCUGUAUAUCCUCAGCGUUAUAGUCAUACAACAGCAAUGUCUCCCUGCACCACUGGCCUCGUCAGCUGCCAUGAUGGUUGGGCUAUUUUUAGAAUCAACACUCGCCAGUCACACAGCCGCUGCAGCCCUGUUGUUCAGUCAACUGGUGACAUGUGGCGUCAAUGCUGAAGUUCAACCAUAUGAAAUGUUACAAGCUUGUCUUUCUGUCUUCACCGACCUAGAUCAGAUCUGUGUCCGUCCACCGUUUGAAUUUGGCGUGCUUGAUGGUCUCUUGAUGUUGCUGAAUGAACUUCUCUGUGGGGAAAGCUGUUUAGACAUAGAAUUACAGAGUGACAGUCCAGUUGCCAGUUUGUACAUAGAGUCUGGAAUCUGGGAUGCAAUGUGGCAUAGGAUAGCACAGGGUGUUCAAGUCAUAAAUGUGGAGAUGGAGUCACCAAUGCUUGUUGGGAAGGGGGACAGUUCAGAUGUUCCUGAAAAUUUCAUGCUUCCCGAUUGGUCGCUCAUCUCUCCGCAAGGACUUAUGGCGUCACUGCAGAUGGCUGUAACUGUUUUUACUAAGGAAACUUAUCAGUGUCUGCCCAAUCUGGCCACUUCUGACAGUAUAUUGAUGCUUACAUUAGUUCAUUUCUUGCAUCCUGGAUUUUUACAGGGAAUACAUCAGCAUUUUAAAGGUGAUGGUCCUCAAUUGGUAGAAGACAUUAUCCUUGCUGUCACACAGAUGGGUUGUUUCCCCUUUGCAGUAGACACAUCGGAUGAGCUGCUAGCAGAAAUACAGCAUUGCCUGUAUACAUCUAAGCUUGUACCACGGUUGCUUGGGGCAUGUGUGCAAUAUCUAUCUGGUCCACCAUUGGAGACACCCAUUGGACUCUUGUCUCGUCUGGUACUUGGAAAUGUAAUCUUUGUGGAACAACUAGCUACAGCUAUAAAGACUUACAAGGCUGUUCCCUUCCUAAACAAAUGUCUAAGUACUACAGCCUCUGUGUCAGUCAUCUGUGACAUCAUUUCAAUGUGCAGUCACUUGGUACGAGUCUCCCCAGAGCACCUUGACCUGGUCAAAAAUAUAUUCACAGGUUCUGAUGGUGAUUAUCUGCUCUUGUCUGUAUUCCUCACUCACAAUAAAUCUGCCAUCAAGUCUAGAACUUGUAGCUUGCUGGGAAACAUCAUGCGACAUAAUGAUCAGAUGUAUUCUGUGAUCAAGCACAAAGACAAAAUCCUGGACCAUUUGUUAUCUUGUCUUCGAGACUCUGAUUCUAAUGUUCGUAAGUGUGCAGCCUAUGCUGUUGGUAACGCCUGUUACCACAGUGGUGAAUUGUAUCCCAAACUCAGGCCUGCCGUACCACAUUUGGUCGACCUACUUCAUGAUCCAAUUACAAAGACCAGGGCAAAUGCUGCAAGCGCUUGUGGGAACUUGGGAAUGCAUUCAUCUGUUUUAUUCAACGAUAUAAAGAAAUGUAAAUUAGUUGCCCAUUUGCUGGAAGCAGCCUGUCAUGAUGCCCAGACUAUUGUUCAGAUAAAUGCGAUGCUUGCCUUGAGAAGUCUUUGCCAGCAGCAAGAAAUUCUAAAGGAUCUUCUAUCACUAAAUGGUGUUGACAAACUCACACCAUUGUUAUCGACCUACACUCCCAGAGACGUUGUGACACCAAGACCUAUAACUCCAGGGUCAAGACCUGGGAGUGUAUUGUCACCUCGACCAACUACAGCAGCUGCCAGUGGUGUGUCAGUGUGUGCUGGAAAGCUCUUAAGACUACUGCAGAAGGGAACAGCCUAAAAAAAAAAAAAAAAACUACAACACGUCAAGAUUGUCAUGUUGGUUCCAUGUUUCUACAAGGAAGUUCCGUCCCCAUUAUAACUUAACAGCUCACUGGUUAAAAUAUUGGCCUUCUAAAUCACAAAUGAAACUGCCAUUCAUCUUUAAAUUAUGUAACGUAAAAUGUCUGAUUAUAUUCAGAUUUGUAGUUUAGAUUUGAAUUAUAAAUCAUGCUGUCAUAUUAUUUAUCUUGCCUUUCUGCUACAAAUGCAUAGAGUUCAGAUGUUAAAUAUCAGAAUGCUAACAUACAAUCUCAUUGAAACUGUGCUAAGUUAUGUUAAAUAUCAAAAUGCAUUUGUUAAUGUAUGGCACUUUACUUGAUAAGCAACUGGGCUAGUUAUUAUUACCAGUCUAGGAGUAUUAGGCCAUUCAUGUUAGUUACUAUAUCAGAGUAGACUACUUGGGUAUUAGUUACUGCCAUGUAAGCUGCAACUUCAUUAAAGUCAUCAAUUUCUGAAUGCAACCAUCUCUUUCUAUACCCUGACAUAUCCUUGGUUGUUUCUCUGAAUUAGUUAUCAAACAAUUUAUAAAAGGAAUAAUCUACAAAUAGUGGUUCUAAAUCAAUGAAACUUGUAAUAGGUAUUCACUAUUGACUACCAUGUAGUUACUCAUUACACUGCCAACAGAUGGUUGAACUUUUUAUAAACAUAACCACAAGAUACUGGUGUAUGUUAUUAAUCAUAGGUAGUGAUAAAGACUUGUCCCAACAGGUUUCAAUGUACUAGUAGAAUUAACAUAUAGAGGGUUUGGUUGUUUGUUUUGUUAAUGUGCAUUCAACAUUCCACUUAUUUAAGACUAUAUGUAUAUUUGUAAGAUAACUUGCUUCAUGUUAUACAAUUUGUACUUGUAUUAUUUGAUCUUGCUCCUGGCUGCUUGUCCAUGUCUAUACUGAUGCAUUAAAGUUUAUGUACUACAUAUUUACACAGUGCCUUUAGUAUUUGACUAUUUUCUAGCUAUUACAAUCAAGCUGUAUUAACUCUUUCAGUGCAAAUUAUUUUGAUUGAAAAAAUUGAGUUUUCCAGCUGAACACAAAUUUUCAAGGGGGUAGAGUUACUAAAUAACCUAACAUAUUUGAUUUUAUUUUAAAGGAAAAUGAAUGUGCUACAAAAGCUACAAAAGUAAAGUAAAUUAAAUAAAUUAUUAAAACGAAAUUUUUUUUUAUUUAUUUUAAACCGAGUACGGAAAAAGAAAAUAUUUUUAAUAUCCAUUAAGAAAUCAAUAUACUGAAAGAUGUAACUUUUUAAUUAAACAUUUAAUCCAUUAAUAUUUUAAAAAUCACAAUACUUAACAUUUAAUCACUUUAAAUUUCAUGAAAGAUGAACGAAUGCACUAAGAAAUUGUAUUAUUUACAUUUUUUGGGUCCCGGGAAUUUAACUAAAAAAGAGGAACCAUUAAGAUGUCUAUUUUUUUUUUUAACAUGAAUUACUCGCUGAGAGUAACGCCACACUGAAAGAGUUAAUCCAUUUAAGAAAACUGUGUCACAGUUUAUAGCAGCAUUUUUUUUGGGGUUAAGUUUCCUAUUAGUUUGAUUAAGCUGUCACACAUUCCAAACUCUCACUAGGGGCUGUUGUUAUGUCACACUUGUCCAAAUGAUCAAGAAACACAAAUAAGUAGAAGAUGAUGACAUAACAAAAUAUUUACUUCCAUCAAACAUUAGGAAAAAUUCGUAACAUUUUUUUUUUUGUUAUUAGCAUGUAUAUAAGAAAAAAAAAGUAUUCAAUACACUAGAUAAUCAGUGCACGAGUCAAGUAGCCACAGUAGAUCAUCUUCUCAAGCCAGUAGGGUCAACUCAAUGUGUUUCUCCACAUGCAGCAACAACAAAUUUCUAAAAGGUUUUGUUGACAGAACAAAGAAAUCAAAAGCCAUGCAUAUAUGAAAGUAGCCAGCGAGCAAGAAGCACUACGACCUAUUAAAAGGACAAGUACUUCAAGCUAAAAUAUUUUGUUUUCUGUUCUUGGUUGAAUCUGCAAAAAGCGGCCUUUUUUCAUCAUAACUUUUUUU